GUACUACUAAUACUAAAUCUCCAAGUAUCAAAAGCACAACACACACCACAGGACAAAAAAUCUACUCUCAUAUAGUAUUAUACUUAAUAGAAAGGGUACAUUAAUUACAUAGACAUAGUACUAGUAUAUAUCUGUACCCACUUUAACCCAUUACCAGCUCAAGAUCUUGUAUAUUCUUUUCUUCUUUCUUGAAAACAAGAUCCAAAUUUUCUGAAUUUCACUCUCAAGGAAGAAAGAAAUGCUGUCAACAACUCUUAGUGGGAACUAUGGGUUUCCUCUCUGCAUCUCUGGGAUCACUCAGCAACUAAGUCUCUCCAGAGAAAUGGCAGAUCAUGACAAGAGAAGGAAGGUGAUACAGAGGAGAAGGAGAUCAGAAGGUAGCCAUAGUGGUGAGGAAGAUGCGGAGCGGCUUCAAGGGAUGAUGAGAGAGGAUAAAGAUGUUAGAGAUCUAGUUGCUUUGUUACAAGAUCUAGGCUUGUGGAGCUUUUCUUCUCACACAGCCAAAGCUGCUUAGUAGUGUUUGCUUUAUUAUUACAAGAUCUAGGCUCGUGGAACUUUUCUUGUCCACACAGCUAAAGCUGUUCACUGUUAAGAACUAAAAUCGCUUUUUAUUUACAUCUCUCUCUCUCAGUUAUCUUUCUUGUAAAACUGCAGAUCAGAAUCUUUAGCUGGAAAACCUAAGUGUAGUUAAAACUUGAAAGUAUGUUCUUCAUUCUUGUUACUUGUUGUUGACACGUUUAUUUGUCGUUGGUGUGAUGUUUUUGGAUGCCACUUUUGGACUUAUCCAUAUAUUUUGGUUUCUA